AUGACGGCUGAAAAACGUGCUGCUGGCUUGGAGAUGCUGCCUCCGAUGCCGAGAUUGGACAAAUAUACUGCAACCGAAGAGCUAAGACGAAAGGCGGUUCUGGAUUUGCUUAACGACGGGGUGAUGUUGGACUUGCGGAAGAAGCAGAAAGCAGAACUUGAACGCGUCUUGGACGCAAUCAACGAAGACUUGCGUGAAGUGAUUGGGUUAGGUGGCGUGAAUGCAGCAACAUCUACGUGGGAAGAAAGCAAAGAUCAUACUGUUAUGAAGAAGAUUGAGAAAUCAUGUUGUACCCCUCUACCACCUCUUAGUUAGUGCACGUAGUGUGGACGAAUGAAAGCUAUGACUAAAGCGUCGCCAUUCUACUUCUCCGUCCUAGUGCAAGUCCGAGGCCUGCUCCCCCGACUUACUUCUAACAAUUGCAACAAGCAUUCCGUCUCUG